GGCCAGUGGCUGCUGUGAGUGGGAGGCCCACAGUGCUGGCCCAGAAGCACCAUGGCUGCUGUUGCAUGGGUCUCUCUGGCUGCUCUCCUCCUGCUACCUGUGGUCACCACCAUGCACUCAGACUGCAUCUUCAAGAAGGAGCAAGCCGUGUGCCUGGAGAAGAUCCAGAGGGCCAAUGAUCUGAUGGGCUUGAAUGAUUCCUCCCCAGGCUGCCCUGGGAUGUGGGAUAACAUCACGUGUUGGAAGCCUGCCCAUGUGGGUGAGAUGGUCCUCGUCAGCUGCCCUGAACUCUUCCGAAUCUUCAACCCAGACCAAGUCUGGGAGACUGACACCAUCGAUUUUGAUUUUACUGACAGUAAUUCCUUGGAUCUCUCAGUCAUGGGGGUUGUGAGCCGGAACUGCACAGAGGACGGCUGGUCUGAGCCUUUCCCUCAUUACUUUGAUGCUUGUGGGUUUGAUGAAGAUGGAUCUGAGACAGGGGACCAGGAUUAUUACUACCUGUCGGUGAAGGCCCUCUACACGGUUGGCUACAGCACAUCCCUUGUCACCCUCACCACCGCCAUGGUCAUCCUGUGUCGCUUCCGGAAGCUGCAUUGCACACGCAACUUCAUCCACAUGAACCUGUUCGUGUCGUUCAUGCUGAGGGCCAUCUCUGUCUUCAUCAAAGACUGGAUCCUGUACGCGGAGCAGGACAGCAACCACUGCUUCAUCUCCACCGUGGAGUGCAAGGCUGUCAUGGUUUUCUUCCACUACUGCGUCGUGUCCAACUACUUCUGGCUGUUCAUCGAGGGCCUGUAUCUCUUCACCCUCCUGGUGGAGACCUUCUUCCCCGAGAGGAGAUACUUCUACUGGUACACCAUUAUUGGCUGGGGAACCCCCACUGUGUGUGUGUCGGUGUGGGCGACGCUGAGGCUCUACUUGGAUGACACAGGCUGCUGGGACAUGAAUGACAGCACGGCUCUGUGGUGGGUGAUCAAAGGUCCUGUGGUUGGCUCUAUAAUGGUUAACUUUGUGCUUUUCAUUGGCAUCAUUGUCAUCCUUGUGCAGAAACUUCAGUCUCCAGACAUGGGAGGCAAUGAGUCCAGCAUCUACUUCAGCUGCGUGCAGAAAUGCUACUGCAAGCCACAGCGGGCUCAGCAGCACUCUUGCAAGAUGUCAGAACUGUCCACCAUCACUCUGCGGCUCGCCCGGUCCACCCUGCUGCUCAUCCCACUGUUCGGAAUCCACUACACGGUCUUCGCCUUCUCCCCAGAGUAUGUCAGCAAGAGGGAGAGACUCGUGUUUGAGCUGGGGCUGGGCUCCUUCCAGGUGCAGGCGGAGAUCAAGCGCAAAUGGCGGAGCUGGAAGGUGAACCGUUACUUCACUGUGGACUUCAAGCACCGGCACCCGUCCCUGGCCAGCAGCGGGGUGAACGGGGGCACCCAGCUCUCCAUCCUGAGCAAGAGCAGCUCCCAGAUCCGCAUGUCCGGCCUCCCGGCCGACAACCUGGCCACCUGAGCCGCAGCCCUCGCUUCUCCUCCACACACAGGUUGGGGCUGCGGGCAGGCGCUGGCCUCGCGUGCUCGUGCCUCUUCCCUCUCCUGGGCAGGCCCUGGGCUGGAAGCUGGCUCCCCGAGGCAGGUGAAGGAGGCAGGGCACAGACUGCUACUGCCCCUCCCCGUUUUGGUACUGGCCACCACGGUCCCCUGGACCCUGACCCCAGAUAUGUAAAUACUCCUCACAUUUGAAAGAGUCAUCACAUCCUCUGUCCUUUGCCCCAGUGCCCUGCUCACCUCAAGCCAGGUCCCAGCUCUACCCGCUGCUUCCUGGCCAGCCUCAGUGAUGGCCUGACCCCAGGCGUGAGGCCUUGUGAGCUCAGGCUGCAGAGACUUUGCUUUUGGGAGGCCAGGUGGUGCCUACCCUGACAGUCCCCGCAAUGUCUGAUUUGGAUGUGGAUGCCUCCAUUCUGCUCACCGCUGUGGGGCCCUUCUCAGGCCUGGCCCAGUCCCUGAGGCUUGCUGGAGAUUUAGCUUGGGUGGCCACAGUUCCCUUCAGUGCAGGCCAGCCUGGGGCUCCCUCGUGCUUCCCCAGCACCCUGGAUACCAGGCCAGUGGUCAGCUCCAGGGCUCUUCUUAUUGGAGACUGCAGUUUGGGUGGGGAGCUGAGCGUCAGGGAAAGUUCUGGUGCUUUUCAUUUGAUCCAAGAAGAGCUGAGAGCCGGAAAUGUGGAUGUGAUUGUGAAGGAGAUGGAAAGAAUUUGAGAGACCCAUGGAAGAAGACCUUCACCAUCUCCAUUAUUUUACCUGAUUCAAGAUGGGCAGGGUUCAUCUGGUAGCUCCUUUCUUGCCUCUCCAGCCCCCAGUGGAUGCCCAGCGAAGCUGCUCCCCAACCAUGCCCACCACAGAGAGCCCCAAGCCCUCCCCCUACCCAUGUUGCCCUUAAGUCAAAGCCAUGACUAGGAUGAGCCAGCCACCUGCCUGUGAUGUCAGCGAAUCCUGAAGCACUUUCACCUCCAUGUGCCCUAGCCAGGGCCCAGGGCUCCCCCACCUCACCCUUGUGGGUGGUGAGGAGCCCCAGACACCAGCUCCUGCGGCCUGGACUCAAAUACUGAAAUCUCCGGAGACCUCUGCAAAGACCUCCCCCUGUGUGCCAUGUGACAGUGAGUCACCGUGGGGAAGCCACACCCAGCAUGCCCUUGAGCAAAAGCUGCCAACAGGAGGAGUGGCUGUCCCCCAACUCCCACCCUCCAGCCGCAGCUUAAAAAUUUCAAAUAGGGCAGAACCAGGCGUGGGGAAGGUACAGGAAAGUGCUGUAGAGCACAGCCCUGUGGGCUGAGUUCUCUCCAUGUCAGCUCUUGGUGGUGCUCCUGUCCCAAUGUAUUUGUGGGCUUGUUCCAUGACCAUGUUCUGGAAUGCUUGGGGAGUUUGGGUGGAUGUUGCUUUGCUUGAUUUUGUAAAGAGGAAGGGGCCUGGGGGACUUGGGAAAAAUGCUUCUGGAGAGGCCUUCAGAGUGACUGGAGAAGGCUCUAGUUGCUGUGGUUUAGAGAUGAGCCUUAUAUCCUUGGCCAGCGAAGUCCAAAGCCAGAAUGGGAAAUGAGCUGCCUGCCCUUUCCUGGGCACAUUGGGCUGGCCACAGGUGUCCAUGGCUCUUCCAUUCUACACCUGACCUUGUGAUCGCCUUCUCCUGCUCUGGGAGCCAGGUGCAUUACCCAAGCAAGUGUCCACUGGCCACCAUACACUUUGGUCACUGCUAGGCGGCCUGAGCUGCUUGGGAGGAGCCACAGCAUGGGACUCAGAAACCCAGAAUCUGCCUCCAUUGGGCACAGACUGCUGUGACUGUGGACACAAUGCUCCCUGUUCUGGGCCUCAGUUUCCCCACAUGUGAGAUGAGUCAACUUCUAAUGCUUCUCCAAGCUCUGCACUUCAGUAAUUUUCCAAUUCAAGACUAAGGCAGGUGAAAGGCAUGCAUCGUUGUUGUGUGUGCCAUCUCAGGUUCUGGGAUGUGUGUGGGGUGGGGGAGCGCUGUUUAUUUUCCAUUUCUUAGAAAUGGAACUUCUGUCUCUUCCAUUGGGACACCACGGUGGAAGCUGGUGGGCUGGAAGGAUCAGGCCAUGGCUGUUUGAACAGGUGCCUUGGGCAUGACGUGCAGACCCAGCUCUACAUACGUGGCUGGGGUGGGGCACCACCCCCAGGGGCAAACCCCGCCUGCAAGGAGCUGUCCCCUGAGUGUGGCCCUGUUCAUUGGUCAUCACCUCCACCAGCAGGUGUGCUUCACCGUGGAAGAAGAAACUUUGGCUUCAGAGAUACGUCAUCACAAAAGAGCAAAGUCAAAAUCAACCCUGAGCCUAUUCACCCUGCUGCUUCCUGAGCCCUGGGCCUGUGUUCUCAUUCAGGUUCUGGGUUCCUAUCGGUUUCUUGAUUUUUCUGUCUGGAUGAAUUUUUGCCAAUCCCGUGA